GUUACCAAAACCAAAAACCGAAGCCGAAAACCUUCGAAAAUGAGACUCCUCAUCGUCGCCGCCGCCGCCGUCCUCCUCCUCCUUCAAGUCUUGGCUGCCGGGGCCACCCGCGACGGAGCCGCUGGUCGGGGGUGGGAGCCGAUAAAGAACCUAAACGACCCGUACGUCCAGGAGAUAGCCAAGUUCGCCAUCAAGACGCACAAUGACGAGGCCAAGACGGGGCUGGUGCUGGAGAAGGUGGUGAAGGGCGAGACGCAGGUCGUGGCGGGGACGAACUACAAGCUCGUCGUUGCAGCCAAGGACGGGGCCGACACGAAGAACUUCGAGGCCGUCGUUUGGGACAAGCCGUGGGAGCAUUUCAGGAGUCUCACGUCGUUCAAGCCCGUUUAGGGCAACGCCUGAGGUCGCGUUCGUGAAUAGUUUAUAGUGAUAUUGAGAAUAAAACAAGAUCUGGUUUUCAUUUCUUAGGAUGGAGGUUGUAAUCUGAUCUGAUGGCCCGGUUUUGUUUGAAACGUCUGGUGCAACUUGACUGAUCAUAUGUUUUAUCUUUCCCUUUCUUGUUC